UGUUACUCCUGCUGCUUUACUCUUCCUUUGUGUGUUUUUUUUCUUCCUGAACAGCUCUAUGAGAUCGACAAGAUCCGGAUUCUCUACCAGCAAAUGCGCCACUUAGAGCAGAACUACGGCGCAGACGCUUCCAAAUACCAGAACAUCGUAGGCCUUCGGAUUCCCAAAACCACUUCUCCACCUCCCACCACCAAACCUCCACCUCUACCCACCACCCAUCCAUCAGUGCUGUCUCUCCCACAGUCUGAUGUUAUAUACUUGUGCAAUCCCAAAGACCCGCUCUGUAAGCCCAGAAUUGUCUAUGUGCCCACUGGUGCUGUCGUCAUACCCUGUGAUCCACGCUACCACCCUAGCUGUACGCUGAGUAUGCCUACUGAGGGCCCUUCUGAAGCCACUGAGCUGCAUUCCACCAUCCAUCCGCCUGUGCCAAAACCUCCCAGCAUCAUCAAAGGGAUGGAGAAUGACUGUGACCCUUACUGGGACCCUGACUUCUUGAUUGAAAACCUACCGAGACCUGUAAAAUUGAGCGAUCCUCCACUAUCUAACCUCCCCAGUAAAUCUCUGCUCGUCAACAGAGCAGAAAAAGAGAAUGAAAAGGACCAUCUGGCUUCAUCAUCAGAGGACAAAAGGACUUUGGAUGCUUCUUAUCUCCUCAAUGAGCCAUCUGAUUACUACAGGGAUCUUUAUGAUCCUUAUCGGUAUGUUAAUCCAGCCCCUGGUCCUCAGUAAGACUGUGACUAUGUACAAAAUGCAUAAUACUGGAAAAAUAGUGGGUCAAAAUGGCAGACCACUAUACAUUACUCUAAUACUGGAAGUAAAA